ACAAACCCCGCGCCUCGACCGGGAGCCGCCUGCGUCGUGGGCGAACGGAGCAGCUGGCGCCAGCGUGGCGAGGUCUUUCCGAGCAAAAUGACGGAAUUCAGCCACAGAUUCCCCGUCAUCCCCGUUGCCGACAGGUCACGGCCGUCGUCCGGCCAGCAGGGGCCGUCGAGACGCGAGCAGCGUUCUCCACAGCCGCCCCACUCCUCGUCGCGCCUGCCCGCCCUGCCGAUGGCGCUGGUGGCGCCGGUGGGGCGCGUCGAGGUGCUGGAGGGGCGCGUGGCGCAGCAGGAGAAGACGCUGGGCGCCCUGCUGGAGCAGGCGCUGCGCAUCCGGGACGAGGUGGCGCUGAGCCUGCGCACCGGGGGGCCCUGGGCCCCGGGACAGGCGGCGGCGGCGUCGUCGGGCGCCGGCUGGGAGCGGGAGAGGGAGGCGCGGCGCAUGUUGGAAGAACACAUCCGCAGCAUCGCGCUCAUCGUCCACCGGCUGGGACGUGAAGUGGAGGUGCUGGAGGCGGAGGUGCGCAUGCGCGACUCGACGGCGCUGGGCACGAGCAGCGCCGUGAAGACGCUCGAGAUGCACCACGUGACCGGCGUGGGCGACCUGCGUGGCCGGGUCGCCAGGUGCGACGCGAGCAUCGCGCGCCUCGCGGGGGAAUCGCGCACGCUGCAGGACUCGCUGGGGGGCAUCACGCGCGAACUCACGGCCGCGCGUGCCGCGCUCGACCUCAAGCUGCACGAGGUGGAGGCGCAGGUGGGGCAGGUGCUGGCGCGGCUGGAGAAGGAGAGUGCGGAGCACGAGGCCCGGCUCAGGCUCCUGCAGGGAGAGUGCGGACACCAGGUGGAGAUGCUCGACUCCAGGGUGAAGGCCGGGAUGGAGGACCUGCGAGCGGCGCUGAACGUGGCGGAGCACGACGGAGAGCACGAGCGGCAGCGCGUGGAGCACGACGUCGCCCGGCAGCUGCAGCAGCUGGCGGGCGCCGUCCGCGAGCGGCCGGAGCAGGUGGAGCGUCGGCUGCAGCUGCAGCUCCAGCAGGUGGUGUCCCGGCUGGAGCGGCUGGAGGAGUGGCGCGCGGGCGCGGAGCGCGAGUCGGCGCAAGCCGCGCAGAGCGCCGAGCGGCUGGCGGCGCGCGUCACGCGCCACGACAAGCGCCGGCACGACGAGGUCGCCGCCCUGCGUGCAGAGUACCAGGCCGGUUUCUCCGCGGUGCACGACAGCAUGAGUUCCCUGCGCGCCGUGCACGACGCUCGCUCGCGGCUUGAACACGAGUCCGUGGCGCGGGAGGUGCGGCGCAUCCGCCGCAUGGUGGACGAGUGACCGACGCGGGGG